UUUCUAGUUUUUCUCUCUCUCCUGAUUAUUCUUCCACCAAUUCUGUUCUGUUCUUUAUCUUAUCAGCAUGGUGCAGGUGUUCUGGGGCACUUGGGGAACGUCAUUUGAUUAUCAAGUAUUCAAAUCCGUUUCGCUUUUUUUCCCCCCCUUCUUCUUUUUCUUUCCCAGCAGGCACUUUGGUGGAACAAUGCCACAGCUUUCUGCGAGCGACCUGAGAAAAACUAUCCUCCCCGCAGCUCGGGGUAGUUUUCAAAAUGGCUCUGGUUACUAUUUCUGCAUCUCAGCUCCGUGAAGAUUUUCAUCAACAUCACUGGUGAUAUUCUCCUUGGCCAGACAGCGGGGGAAAUAUCUUCUGGCAUGACGCAUCCACCACCUGACAUGACUGGAACGUCACCACAGGGCUCCUCCAUGGCCUGGAGAAGAGCCAUACGUUCAUGGGGAUCACCUGGCCCUCUCUGCUCAGGAUCACCUGGUCCUCUCUGCUCAGGAUCACCUGGCCCUCUCUGCUCUGGCUGAAAAAUAUUCUCAUAUCUCUGUCUUUCUCCUGGCUGAUUGUAGCCCCAGCCUGGUCCCAGUACUCCAGCCUGGUCCCAGUACUCCAGCCUGGUCCCAGUACUCCAGCCUGGUCCCAGUACUCCAGCCUGGUCCCAGUACUCCAGCCUGGUCCCAGUACCCCAUUUUGGCCCCGGGACCCCAGCCUGGCCCCAGGACCCCAGCUUGGCCCCGGGACCCCAGCCUGGCCCCAGGACCCCAGCUUGGCCCCGGGACCCCAGCUUGGCCCCGGGACCCCAGCCUGGCCCCAGGACCCCAGCUUGACCCCGGGACCCCAGCUUGGCCCCGGGACCCCAGCUUGGCCCCAGGACCCCAGCUUGGCCCCGGGACCCCAGAGCUGCUUAAAGGUGUUGUUUGGCUUCUGAUCGGCCUUUGUUUGAGAUGGAUGAGAUGGAAAAAGGAUACAUUUACAAGAACACAUGUGGUGACGUAGGAAAGUAUUCAGAGCCCUCGAAUCUUUCCAAAUGUUGUUACGUUACAGCCUUAUUUUAAAAUGGAUUAAAUACAACUAUUUCCUUAGCAAUCUAAACACAAUACCCCAUAAUGACAAAGCGAAAACAGGUUAAAUUACAUUUUUGCAAAUUUAUAAAAAUCAGAAAUACUUAAUUUACAUAAGUAUUCAGACCCUUUGCUAUGAGACUCGAAAUUGAGCUAAGGUGCAUCCUGUUUCCAUUGAUCAUCCUCAAAAUGUUUCUACAACUUGAUUGGAGUCCACUUGUGGUGAAUUCAAUUGAUGGACAUGAUUUGGAAAGCACACACCUGUCUAUUUAAGGCCCCACAGUUGACAGUUGUCAUGACGUUGCCCUGUUGGGGGAGGCUUAUGACCCCCCCAUAAAUACCUUUCCACCUUUUUCUCUCCACUCAACAGAAUGGACUCCUGGAAAGCCUUUUGUUAAGAUAGAGGGUGUAUUGUAACAUCAAAAGGUUGGGGAAAAGAACAAUCUUUAUGUAAUCCAACCAGUUGAAAGUGUCUGUUGGUACUUAAAUAAUAUAAUGUCAGAUCAGUUGUCAUCUGAGACAUUGUUACUGAUGAUAGGACGACAUAAACUGUAUCUUGAAAAGUCUACACAUUAUAGUUGUCAGAUUCACAUGGAAUUGUUGUGCAAUUUGAAUGUUUAAAUAUUAAAGUAUUUGUGAAAAGA